AUGGAUGUCAGUUUUGAGUUGUUUAGAUUGGCUGUGAGUUUUAAGGUGAAAAUGAAAUCGGCAAGGCGUGUUCGGGUACAUGAAGAUGCUAUACGCCAUAGUGAGUGUAAGAGUGGCGGCGACCGGCUGGCGACGCCGCGGAUGUCGCUUCUUGGCAAACCGCUCAGCUACCGCGCCACGCGACGCGACGCGCGAUACCGCCGCCUUCAAUCCAAGUUCUACAAUUUUCUCGAACGGCCUAGAGGUGUUAAAGCUGUCCUUUAUCACAUGAUCGUGUUUCUUAUGGUGUUUAUGUGUUUGUCGCUGUCAGUCUUCUCUACAAUCGAAGAAUACGAAGCAAAAGCAGGCAUUGUCCUGUUCUACAUGGAGACAGUUGUUGUUGUUUGGUUCGCUAUUGAAUUCUUUUUAAGGUUAUGGUCAUCAGGAUGCAGGUCCCGGUAUCAAGGCUCCAUGGGUCGUCUCAAAUUUUUGAGGCGGCCAUUUUGUAUCAUAGAUGUCACGACAAUUCUCGCGUCAGUGGUGGUGCUGGGCAUGGGGUCGUCGGGCCAGGUGUUCGCAGCGUCAGCACUACGGGGGCUACGAUUCUUCCAAAUUCUUCGCAUGGUGCGCAUGGACCGUCGAGGCGGCACCUGGAAACUCCUCGGCUCCGUUGUCUACGCACAUCGACAGGAAUUAAUAACAACAUUAUACAUUGGGUUCCUUGGGUUGAUAUUCGCAUCGUUUUUGGUGUACUUAGCUGAAAAAGAUGUGGCUGACACGAAGUUUAAGAAUUUUGCGGAGGCUUUGUGGUGGGGCGUCAUCACGCUGUGCACCGUGGGAUACGGCGACAUGGUGCCUCAAACCUGGCAGGGGAAAUUCAUCGCCUCCUUCUGUGCACUGUUGGGAAUAUCGUUCUUCGCGCUACCCGCCGGUAUACUGGGAUCUGGUUUUGCGCUUAAAGUUCAGCAGCAACAGCGACAGAAACACAUGAUCCGGAGGCGACAGCCAGCCGCAACGCUUAUUCAAGCCCUGUGGAGAUGCUACGCGGCUGAUGAGCAUUCCAUGAGUGUUGCCACCUGGAAGAUACAUCAAGUUCCUCUCCCGAGUCCACAAACCAGCCGGGUGAUGAGUGCGUCUUUCAAGAACAAUGCCUCGUUUGUGUCGCGGUUGCCGACUAUCCGCCGUCACAAAAGCACCUCCCUGCACUCCCCGGCGCCACACUCCAAGCCCGCGCAUAGAUACGAUGUCAAUGCCAGCGCUGAGAAUCUUGGCGCGACCAAUGGACGCACAGGGCGCCCGCGACCCGUCAACCCGUCACACAGCGAGGAAUCAGUGGCGGAAACGGCACUCUCCAAGAAAAACUCUGAUGACGAGGACGAGGAGCCACGUUGUGUAACAUUGACGCCGCGACACAAAGCCGCCAUACGAUUCAUAAGAAAGCUCAAGUAUUUUGUCGCACGCAAGAGAUUUAGAGAAGCUCUGAAACCUUACGACGUCAAAGAUGUGAUAGAGCAAUAUUCUUCGGGACAUGCUGACCUGCUAAACCGAACCAAGAACCUGCAGUACAGGUUAGACCAAAUACUUGGCAAACAAGGAUCUAAAGCUAAAGAUGUCUACGCAUCAAAAAUCAGCCUAGCUUCCAGAGUAGUUAAAAUCGAAAGACAAGUAGAUGAUAUAGAAAAUAAAUUGGAUCAUUUAUUAGAAAUGUAUAAGGAGGAUAGAGGUACCUCGCGGAGAUUAGGCAAUGCAGUAACUGGGGCUGGUAGUGGAACCUCCGGCGAAGGGGGACUCACCGUAAGAAUUCGGCCAGCGCUGUCUGACAAGCAGUGCUCUGAGCCCAAUUCGCCUGUUUCUCGCUCUUUUGAACAUCCCGUACCUGCUUCAGCACCACCGAUGCCACACAAACGGCCUAUGAACAGAGGAUAUUCCGACCUUGGCACAAGAUUUAUGAGAAAGAAAGUCAUCGUCAAAACAUCUUCAAGCCGCAACAGUGAUUCCCCUAGAGACGAUGAAGUUGUAAUCGUAGUGCCAACGGACCGCGAGGACACGCCUCCUCGUCUUGUCACAGACAGCUCAGACAUGAUUACAGAAGUUUGCGCCAGUUGUUCCGUGGAGGUCGAAACAGAAGCAGACGCAGGAGGCACGCGAUCCGGGAGUUCAGGUUCAGCGUCUUGGUGUGAAGGUGAUGCUGUUGAAGAACGUGGUUAUGGCUCCGGCGAUUCACUGGCAGAAGACGCGGCACUCUUGGGUGAUGCAGCACAGGCGGCGCACCAACCUCGCCUUAUGAGGAACCAGCGGCGCGACGUUGCUGUCGAUCUUCAUCUCUUACGACCUGACGUCUGA